AGAGAGACGGGAUUGAGAGAGGGAGGGAAGGAGCGAUUGCAGAGAGAGAGGGAGGGAAGGAGCGAUUAGACAGCGAGUGCAAAAAGACAGCCAUGAAAGGCGCGGAGCCCGAGCAGGAGAAAGGGGCGCAGGGCGGAGAGCGCCCGGACCCUGCCGACAGCGCCCCCCCUUCUCAGAACAACAACAACAAAAUCUCCAACCAGCUUUGCGGCCGCAGGAAGUCCUCUCUGUGGCGGGGUAGCGCGGGGCUGAGCGAGAGAGCUGUCUUCAACGUCUCUGGGCUCCGCUUCGAGACGCAGCUCCGCACGCUGGCUCAGUUUCCAGACACCCUCCUGGGGGACCCCGAGAGACGAAUCCGCUACUACGAUCCCCUGCGUGAUGAAUACUUUCUCGAUCGCAACCGGCCCAGCUUUGACUCCAUCCUGUACUUUUACCAGUCCGGCGGGAGGCUCAGGAGACCGGCACACGUCCCCCUGGACGUCUUCAUGGACGAGCUGCGCUUCUACCAGCUGGGGGCGGAGACCAUGGCCCGCUUCAGGGAGGACGAGGGCUUCCCCAGGGAGGAAGAGCGGGCCCUGCCCUCCAGGGAGUUCCAGAAACAGCUGUGGCUCCUGUUCGAGUACCCAGACUCUUCCUCGGCCGCCCGGAUCGUCGCCAUCAUCUCCGUCAUGGUCAUCCUCAUCUCCAUCGUCGUCUUCUGCCUGGAGACCCUGCCCGAGUUCAAGGACGAGAGGGAGCUGCUGAUCCUCCACCCACAACCCCCGCUCCCCCCUCCCCAAAACUCCUCCUCCUCCUCGCCGCUCCCCCCUCCCGCCCAGCUCAACAUUUUCCAGGACCCCUUCUUCGUGGUCGAGACGAUUUGCAUCUGCUGGUUCAGCUUCGAGCUCCUGGCGCGCUUCGGGGCGUGCCCCAGCAAGCCUGCCUUCUUCCGCGACAUCAUGAACAUGAUCGACUUCAUGGCCAUCAUCCCCUACUUCGUCACCUUGGGAACCGAGCUGGCCCGCUCCAAGGGGGGCACCCCGGCCAUGUCCCUCGCCAUCAUUCGGGUCAUUCGUCUGGUCCGCGUCUUCCGAAUCUUCAAGCUGUCCCGGCACUCCAAGGGCCUGCAGAUCCUGGGCCAGACUCUGAAAGCCAGCAUGAGGGAGCUGGGCCUGCUCAUCUUCUUCCUCUUCAUCGGCGUCAUCCUCUUCUCCAGCGCUGUGUACUUCGCCGAGGCCGACCACAAGGACACGGCGUUCACCAGCAUCCCCGAGGCCUUCUGGUGGGCGGUGGUCACCAUGACGACCGUCGGCUACGGCGACAUGGCCCCGGCGACCGUCGGCGGGAAGCUGGUGGGGUCCUUGUGUGCCAUCGCUGGCGUGCUGACCAUCUCGCUGCCCGUCCCCGUGAUCGUGUCCAAUUUCAGUUAUUUCUAUCACAGGGAGACCGAGUGCGAAGACCAGCAGGAGUAUCGGCACGUCAGCACCUCGCUCUGGGAGGAGGAGGAGGGGGAGGAGGAGGAGGAGGGGGGGGGGGGGAAGGGGGGGCGACGGAAAAGGGGAAGGGUUUCUGCAUCUCGUUGCACGGUGAACUGCUCGACGGCUUCUCUGUGGGAGAAUCCCAGAGGAACGUUUUCCUGCGACAGCCGCUGGUCACUCAGCUGACGCCAUUCUGAAGUGAUGCGCUGGCUUCCUCUGGUUGCCAUGGUGAUUGCCUCCCUCUUAGCAACGACCCUCCCCUUUC